CGAUUAACAAAAUGUUCUAUUCAGAAUAGGUACACAUUUUAUUUAAUCCUACAACAACAGCGUACAAUGAAAUUUAAUGCACUAAAAUUGGUGUUUUAUACGUUAGUAGUGCAUGUUAUUGUUCCAGAAAGUCCAAAUAAAAUUACAGCAGUUUUCGGAUGUCCUACUAAUAGCAGUAAGUUAAAUAAAACAGUAAACGAUUUUAGAACUAAUUAUAAUCUCAAAAAAGGCGCAGAAUAUAUUACUCAGAAUCAGGGCGAUAAUUUUGGAAAUGUUUCUAAAGAAUUGAUCGCUUUUGAAAUCGAUUUACUUCUAAUAUUACAGCAGAUAACCUACGUAUUUAAUAAAAAUAAUGAAACCGGACUCAUUUACAAAGACUAUAUUUUAACGAUUUGUUUAUUGCUCCCGAGAUGUUUGAAUUUUAUCUAUAUUAAUGUCUUUCUGAAUUCGAUAACAGCCAUGUUGAGCGAAAUUCAUAUAAUCCUUUGUCACAAAUUACCAACGUAUUAUAUGAAAAAUAUUACUGCGCCAACUGAUGAUAUAGAAAAAGAACGUUUUGUUAAGGAAAUUGACAGAGAUUUGACAUAUAUAAGAUCAUUGGUAGAAGAAAAAACAAAAAUUAGUAACAACUUGUUUGACCAAACGAACUACAAGAAUGACAGUAAGAAUUUUAUUUUGAAUGUUUACAAUAUCAUUGACAAAAUCAAAUUGACACGAUGUAUGAGGAAUAAACUCAUUAACAUAAAGCUACAAAAUUUUAAACAUUAUUCGAUUACUAAAGAAAUGAAAUUGAAAGUGCCUUUAAUAAACCCUAGAGAUAGUAUUAUGCAAAAUUAUGAUGAUGCCAAAAAAAGUUUUCUGGAGCUGAAUAAUUAUUAUACCUUUGACUUCAAGAAACAUUGCAAUUUAUCAACGUAUGAAAUUAUGUCAGAGGAUUUGUCAACACCCAAAGCAUUACAAGAAAUAUUAUUUUUUAUAUUAAUAAGACUCCAAAAACAUAUUACAAAUAAUUUUUUGAAAGAUAAAAAGAUACUUUCACAAACAACCGGAAAAGACCUGGAGGUGACGAACAAUAUUACGGUCAUGUUACACAAUAUAUGUCAGAAAAUCUCUUUAAUUCUUGUCUUUUUAAAAGAAAACAACGUUAACGACGACUCGAUAAUAUACAGCACGUAUUUUACAUUCUGCGUAGACUACAAAGGAUAUACUGAUAACUGUUGCACCAGUGCAUUUCACGGAACUGAAGUUGUUAAGAGUUUCGAAGCCGAAAAGAAUGAUUGCAUAAGAGAGUCGGUAAAAAACAUUUGGACUUGGAAUAUAUUUAUAACAACCACUGAGGUCCCGAGCAGAAACAAAAACAAGUAUAUAAAUAAAGAAAUCUGUAUAAGUCUUUACAUGGAUUAUCUAAGGGAAAUCCAUAAUGCUAUCAAACAAUUUUACACGGGAAAAACCAUGGGUGUAUGGACCCGGUUCGAAUGGUUGAGCGGUAAAUAUUUUCUUACCGAAAAUUCCGAAAACGUAAAUUUGAACGAGUUAAAAUCAAAAAAUAUAACUGUCAGAGACGUAACUAUGAGUUUAUCAGUGGCGUAUCAUGCCAUAUUACCGUGGGAUUUAAACAUGUUGACCGUCAUGGAAUUUCACAAGACGAUUGUUUACCAUCUAGAAAGAACGAUGAAUACGUACGUUUACCGAUACGCGCAAAUCAUAUUUAUGUACUUGAAGCGCACAGGUGGUAGCGUCGGUUUUCGAGUUUUACAAAACAUACGAGAUAGUGUUCGAUGGUACACAGAAGGGACAGAGUUGUUUUACAAAUAUCUCUAUUUACCUUUAUACACCAAUAGAUACGCACAGAAUGAACCCCAACCAACUAAUCGAAUGGUCUCUCUCAUUUCCAUAAUAAAAAACAUAGACAACAACGGUAGUAUAAAGGUCGACGAAUUAAUUCCCUCGGAUGAACAAAAGGACUUUUCGCAGUGGUCCGAGACCAGACUUCCCGACAUCGAUGACGGAUACAAACAAUUUAAUAAUGUUAUAAAUAGAAAUUGCAUGGACGCUAUGAACUACGUGAGUGCUUUUUUUUCAAUCGCAAAGAAGUCUAUGGACAUAAAUUUUGAAUUCCAUUCUGCUGCAACUAUGUACUCACAGUACUGUCCACAAAAUAUAUUUAGUUUAUUUUAAAUUGUGUUUCUAUAAUUUCACUACAAUUUUAUAAAUCUAAUCAACGAUCUAAAUAUAAACAUAAUUUUGUUUUUUAAUAAGCAAAUUCAAAUUAUUAUACUACCGAUAUUUGUAAACGACUACAAAAAUAUUAAUUUGUUUUUUUUUAUUGUUGAUUAUAAUUAAAUAUAUGAUUUUUUUUGAUCUAUCGAUUUAACUGAUUAUGAAUUAAUAGGAAAUAAGCGGCUU